UUGUCGUAUAGGUUUCCUAAAAAGUUGCUCGCGACAUAUUCUGUGUUUCCUGACUACCAAGAGGGCAGUGACGUCGUUGUUCAGCCGUAUAAUUCGGUGCUGACGAUGAAGCGACUAAUCGAGUAUGCUGAUUCGACGGUGGUUCUGGACAAUAGCGCGCUGCAUCGAAUUGCUGUCGAGCGGUCGCACAUCACACAUCCAAGCUUCUCAGAGAUUAACUCCUUCGUAUCAACGAUUAUGGCCGCUAGCACCAGUUUCCUUCGCUACCCGAGCUACAUGUUCAGCGACAUGAGGAGUAUGCUAUCGUCUCUGGUGCCGAUUUGGAACUUGCACUUCCUCAUAACCGGUUAUACACCGUUGCGAGCAGCGAGUCAGGAAAUAUUUGUCCGCAAAACUAGCGUUUACGAAACAAUGCGCCGACUAUUGCAGCCGGCUAACAUGAUGGUCUCCAAUAUUUGUCGCAAGAAAGGAAACACACAACAUUGCUACAUAUCGAUCGUGAACAUUCUACAAGGAGACGUAGACUCGACGGAGGUAAAUAAUAGCAUUAAUCGACGCUGAGG